AUGGGGGACACGUCCAGCCAGGAGCCAGUACCCAGCAAAGCCACCCUGGGCUCCCUCCGGCCACACCAGGCUCCUGCCACCUUGAUCAGCCUGGAGGAACACGAGCCCACAGCCUCCAGCAGCAGGGAGCUGAUCCUGGAGAAGGCCAGAGCAGCCUGGGCAGGUCCCUGCACCGGCUGCUCCCGCUGCUGCUGCGGCUGCCCCCGCACCCAGCUGCUGGGGGACGUGGUUUUGGGGCUCCUGGUGGCCGUGGUGGCCAUCCCUCAGUCCAUCUCCAGCUCCCUGCUGGCCCACCAGGAUCCUGUCUACGGCAUCUACACCAACUUCUUCUGCGACAUCAUCUACGCGGCCACGUCCAUGCUUGAAUUUGUGAAUGCAAUCCUGCUGGGGGUUUUACAGAUGGGCUUCUACCCAGUCUACCUGUCAGAGCCUCUGCUGGGUGGCUUCGUGACAGGCUCCAGCCUCACCAUCAUCACCUCCCAGAUGGAAUAUCCUGGGCUGAAAAUCCCCCGUCACGAGGGGGUGGGCUCCUCCCUCACCUGGGUGGACCUGUUCAGGCACAUCCACAACACCAACAUCUGCGACCUGCCCACCAGCCUGGUGGCUUUGGCCAUCAUCGUGCCCGUCAAGGAGCUCAACGAGCGCUACGAGGAGAGGAUGAAGGCCCCGUUCCCCAUGGAGCUGCUGGUGGUCAUCGUCGCCACCGGAAAUGGAGUCAAGCCUCGUGUCUCCACACACGGAGAGUCCUCAACACGCUACUUUGGCUUCCAGCAGCGCUACAAGGCCGCUGUGUGCAGGGACAUCCCCACGGGCUUCAGGAAGCCCACUGUCCCAGACAUCAGCCUGUUUCCCAGCCUGGCACUGGAUGCUCUGCCCAUCGCCGUCAUUGGCUUUGCCACGACCGUGUCCCUGGCAGAAAUCUUUGGCAAAAAGCACGGCUACGCCGCCAGCGCCAACCGGGAGAUGAUCGCCAUCGGCUUGUGCAACCUCAUCCCCUCCUUCUUCUACUGCUUUGCCAGCUCUGCUGCCCUGACCAAGACUCUGCUGAAGGAGUCCACGGGGAGCCAGACCCAGGUGUCCGGGCUGGUCACCUCCCUGGUGCUGCUGCUGGUGCUGCUGUGGAUCUCCCUGCUCUUCUACUCACUGCAGACCUCCAUCCUUGGCGUGGUCACCAUCGCCAACCUGCGGGGUGGCCUCAGCAAAUUCCGUGACACCCGCAGGAUGUGGCAGCUCAGCAAGCUGGACACGGUGGUGUGGUGGACAACCAUGCUGUGCUCCACGCUGGUCACCACAGAGAUUGGGCUGCUGCUGGGCGUUUGCUUCGCCCUGCUCCGCAUCAUCUUCCGCACGCGGCUGGGCAAGGUCAGCGACAGGGGGAUCCACGAGGACCAGGCUGCCUACAAACAGCUCGGCAGCAUCGCCAGCGUCAAAAUCUUCCGCUUCGAGUGCUCCCUCUACUACGCCAACAAGGAUUACUUCAAGGCUGUGCUGUACCAGAAAACCGGGGUCAACCCCGUCCUGCUGGCUGCCAGCCGCCCCGCCUGCGGGCACAGGCAGAGCCAGAGCCGGGCAGCAGCAGUUGGGCUGCUGGGCCACCGGCUGGGCUGCCUGAAACAGGCCAGGAGCAGGGCUGAGAGACCUCCAGGAGAUGCCUGUCCUCCCUGCACAGACAUGCACACCCUGAUCCUGGACUGCGGGGCCAUGCGGUUCAUAGACACCGUGGGUCUCUCUGUGCUCAAGGAGACACACCAUGACUACAAGGAGGUGGGUGUCCAGGUGCUCCUGGCCAAAUGCAAUCUCUCCAUCCGCCAGCGGCUCCGGGAGGGAGGCUGGGCUGGCCGGGUGGGGGGCACUGGGGGCCAGCUGGCCUUCCACAGCAUCCACGAUGCCGUGCAGUUUGCUGAGCUCUGGCACCGGGGGGAGAGCACGGACACACAGGCUGCUCUCCUGGAGCCCGAAGAACAGAACUUCCAGGUGGCUCCGUAG